CUCCGUCGCACCAGAAGCGUCGCGCGUCUUCCCGUAGCUUCGCGGCCGCCGACCGCCGACCGCCCCGUAUUGCAUCAUCCGCCACGAAUGAAUGGGGUGCAACGUGAGUGAAUCUGGAGUCAGAGGCAAAACCUUGCCACAUUUUAAAGGGUUUACAAGUUCUCCCAGUUGUUACUCUUGACCCGACUCUGUAAGAUGAGAGCGACAAAGAGAGCGACACUGAGCUUAGGGGAGGGCCGAGUCCGGUGGUUCGCCUUGGCAACGGGUAAACACUUCGCAACAACCGGGUGCACGGUGGUGCCGAACUUUUCACUUGAUUGUUGACACCGCAUUGUCACACCGAUUCGCACCCGCUCCAACAAUACUUCUCAACAAUGUCGCCCCAGAAUGGUGUGGAGGAAGCUUCAGAGGAGGGGAAGAGAUGGGAGACUGCCGAGAUGGGCCCCGUGGGCCCGGCGGAUGACGUCGUCCUGACCCCGACGGCGGCCCCGGAGGACGCCCCCGUGCCGGCGCCGGCCCACCCUUUUGUCACCGAGCUAGGCCCCGUGGGGCCCUGGGCCUUUGGACGCACCGAGUGGAACCCGGCCUCUGGACUUACGGGAGUGCGUCCCGUGGUGGACAGGUACUCGGUGACGAGGUUCAGCCCGGGCGACUGGCUCAGGCACAACGCGGAGCUGACGGCCACGGCCACCGCCGCGCGGCAGCGAGGGGACGCGGCGGCGUGGUCGGCCCGGGAGGUGCGGCGGCGCGCCGCGGCCGAGCUGGACGCGCUGCACCGCGACUCGUCGGACCGGCUGCAGGAGCGCGCGCAGCACGUGUGGCGGUGGCGCGCCGAGCUGGAGCGCGCCGCCGAGGUCAUGUGGGACGAGAUCCAGCUGCUGCAGCAGACGCCGCCCCGCCUCAACCGCAUCCUGGCCGCGCUCGCCAAGGCCGCCGCCGUCGCCUCCGAGUGCAUCGCCGUGCGCUGCAAGCGCCCCGACACGGACCUCAUCCGCGACCCGGCCCACGACCAGCUGGUCAGGGAGGCGGCCCUCAUCCGGGAGGUGACGGCCAUGACGGAGCGCUGCCUAAAGCAGGCCGUGGAGCAGAUCCGCGCGGACCGGGCCGCCCUGGUGGCGCUGCAGGCCGACUGGUCCUGCAAGAAGGACUGCUACCGCGUGGACACGCUGGCGCGCGCCGUGACGGCGCACCGGGAGCCGCUGGUGGGCGUGUUCCAGGAGGGCGCGGCCGUGGUGCCGGACCGGCAGGUGACGCCCGGCGACUGGGAGCAGAGCACCCGGCGCAACAUCGCGGCCUCCGAGGCGGAGCGGCAGCGCUCCAUCGCCUUCCGCACGCUGCUGCAGCCCAUGCUGGACGGUGCGGUCCGGGACGUGCGCGCGCAGGCGGCGAGGGUCGACGACGCGCUCGCCAGGAACGUGGCGCUGGUCGCUCGGGCCGUGGAACACUUUGACGAGCAGUACAGACUGACGGUGCGGAAGGAGGCGGACACCGAGACACUCAUCGAGGCCCUGCGCGUGGCCAUCCGGAACACGGACCCCAACCUGAAGACGGCGCAGAGCAGGCUGCACACGCGGCAGCAGAGGAUGGCGUCGGAGAACUGCAGGGACCCUCCGCAGGCGGGCCUGCUGGAGGAAGUGUCCAGGGUGACCAUUGCCGCCACGGCCCUCGACGGACAGCUGCGCAACUCGACCAACGCCCUGCACGAGAUCCGAGAGGAGAGGGCUCGGCUGGAGGCGUGCCUAGUGCUCAAGAGGAAGCACCUGCACCUGGACAGAGACCGCGUGCUGCAGCUGAGGGAGCACUUCCCCACCGCAGGGUCUCUUUCGGGGCUCAAUUGAGCAGCACAACACAUAG